AUGUCGAGGGAAAACGCCAACGGUGGUCUGCGAGAGCAAUUUUCUCUAAACGGCAUUAAUGACAAUAAAGUUCACACACAGGAACACCUGGUGACUACUAAUGGCAGUAAAAGUUACGGUGCUGACCAUGUGGUGGACGUCAGGACUUCAAGGGCCGGGUCAACGAUCACAGCCCACAACAUCUGUUAUAGUGUCAACAUUCCGUCCAGACCGUGCUGUGGGUCUAUGGUGAAAAAGGAAAUCCUUAAAAACAUCGAUGGAGUCUUUAAACCAGGGAUGAAUGCCAUUCUUGGGCCUACUGGGAGUGGAAAAUCAUCAUUACUGGAUGUUCUAGCAGGGAGGAAGGACCCAGUGGGUCUGAGUGGUGAUAUACUGAUUGAUGGGGCACCCCCACCUGAUAACUACAAGUGCAUGGUGGGAUACGUAGUACAGGAUGAUGUCGUCAUGGGGACUUUGUCGGUGAGGGAAAACUUCCACUUCUCUGCAGCCUUGCGUCUGAGCAAGUCUGUUAGUCAAAAGGAGAGGAACGAACGGGUAGAGAAUGUCAUCCAGGAGCUGGGACUCACACACUGUGCAGACACAAAGGUGGGUAAUGAGUUCAUCCGUGGUGUGUCUGGUGGAGAGAGAAAGAGGACCAACAUAGGCAUGGAAUUGAUUAUCUCCCCUCCUGUACUCUUCCUUGAUGAGCCGACCACAGGACUUGACUCCAACACAGCCAAUUCUGUCAUGUUAUUACUACGCAGAUUGGCCUUAAAAGGACGCACCAUCGUAUUUUCCAUUCACCAGCCUCGCUAUUCCAUCUACCGCUUGUUUGAUGGACUCAUGUUGCUGUCACUUGGUGAGACAGUGUACCACGGCCAAUCUCAUGAAGCUCUGGAUUACUUUCAGUCAUUGGGUUAUGCAAUAGAAGAACACAAUAAUCCUCCGGACUUUUUCUUGGAUGUCAUCAAUGGAGACCUCUCUAUGGCUAGUAUGUCUGAUGAUCUGCUGAAAAAAGAUGAUCAACUCAGUUUGAUUAACUCAUCUAAUGGCAAAGAUCCUGAAACAGGCACAGGGAAUGCAAGUACACAUGAAAAGCUGAUAGAAGGCUACAAGAAAUCACGCUGGUACCAAAGCCUCCAGUCAUCUGUACAGCCAAUUCAAAAGUCUUACAUGGAAAGAAAGGCAACAGGCACAGUUGUCAGAAUGCCUCGAGUGGAGUAUGCCACCUCCUUCUUUACACAGUUUGCUGUGGUAUCUCGGAGAACUAUGAAGAAUUUGAUCAGAAAUCCCCAAACUUCGAUAAUGCAGGUAAUGGUGAUGGUGGUGUUUGGAGUCAUUGUUGGUGCUAUCUACUGGGAUGUUGAUGAUGACUGUACUUCUGGUAUCCAGAAUCGAGUGGGCGUGUUCUUCUUCGUUGUGAUGAACCAGGUGUUUGGAAACCUUUCAGCUGUGGAACUCUUCAUCAAGGAAAGAGCGAUUUUCUUACACGAGAACGUGAGUGGAUUCUAUAGGGUAUCUUCCUAUUUCUGCUCCAAGAUCUUCUGUGAUGUGGUUCCGAUGAGGCUGAUACCUGUGUCAAUAUUUGCUGCGAUCACAUACUUCAUGAUAGGCCUAGAGGUAGAUGUUGGGAAGUUCUUCGUUUACCUCCUCAGCUUGUUCCUCGUCACCCUCUCCGCCUCAGGCUUCGCCUUCUUCUUCAGCGCUUCUGUGAGGAUAUUUGCCGUGGCUAAUCUCUGUAUUGCUCUUUGUUAUGUUUUCAUGAUGGUGUUUGGAGGACUACUGGUGAACCUGGACUCCAUUGCAGACUGGCUGGAAUGGAUCAAGUGGUUUAGUGUCUUCAGAUACGGAUUAAAUGCCUUAUUGGUGAAUGAAUUAAAAGAUUUGAACCUUUAUAACAAAACAACAGGAAUAAUUUGUGGCAAUGGGAUUGAGGAGUUGGAGCGACAGGGCAUUCCCUACGAGACAACCUGGGAUUUGUGGCAGAACCAUGUAGCCUUGUUCUGUAUAGCAUUCAUAUUACUCUUUUUCUCCUACAUACAGCUUCUCCGCGUGAAGAAAUUGAAAUAG